UGGAAUUAAGUGGGCAGAUAGAUGGAGAGAGUUAGGAGGCGCGGGCUCGGAGAUCCAAACGGAUAACAUCUCGGAUCAUUUCAUCUCCCAACGAACCAACCCGCCCUUGUCUCCGCCUCUUCCUCUCUUUCUUUUCUGUCAGUCAGUAGCUCUGUCUGUUUGGUGUUUGAUCUUCGAGGAUCAAAAAUGGCCCGCAAGAAGAUCAGGGAGUACGACUCCAAGAGGCUUCUGAAAGAGCACCUCAAACGCCUCGCCAACAUCCAUCUCCAGAUCUGCUCUGCUCAGGUGACAGAAUCUACUGAUUUCACUGAGUUGACCAACAAAGAACCCUGGCUUUCAUCCACCAGAUUGGUUGUGAAGCCCGAUAUGUUGUUUGGGAAGCGUGGAAAGAGUGGCUUGGUUGCAUUAAAUUUGGAUCUUGCUCAAGUUGCUGAAUUCGUCAAAGCACGCCUUGGCGUUGAGGUUGAAAUGGGUGGGUGUAAAGCUCCUAUAACCACAUUCAUUGUUGAACCUUUCGUCCCCCACGAACAGGAGUAUUACCUUUCAAUAGUCUCUGAGAGGCUUGGUUCAAUCAUUAGCUUUUCAGAAUGUGGAGGUAUUGAAAUUGAAGAGAAUUGGGAUAAGGUUAAGACCAUUUUCCUUCCAACUGAGAAACCUAUGACCCAGGAGACAUGUGCGCCAUUGAUAGCUACACUCCCUUUGGAAGUUCGCGGGAAGAUUGGUGACUUCAUCAUGGGUGUCUUCUCUGUCUUUCAGGAUCUUGACUUCAGCUUUCUGGAGAUGAAUCCAUUUACACUGGUGAACGGGGAACCGUACCCACUGGAUAUGAGGGGAGAGCUGGAUGACACUGCUGCAUUUAAGAACUUCAAGAAGUGGGGUGACAUAGAGUUCCCUCUGCCUUUUGGAAGAGUCAUGAGCCCCACAGAAGGAUUUAUUCAUUCCUUGGAUGAAAAGACGAGCGCAUCUCUGAAAUUCACUGUCUUGAAUCCAAAAGGGCGUAUCUGGACAAUGGUUGCCGGAGGUGGUGCUAGUGUCAUAUAUGCUGAUACUGUUGGAGAUUUAGGUUAUGCAUCGGAACUCGGCAACUAUGCAGAGUAUAGUGGAGCUCCAAAUGAGGAGGAGGUCUUGCAAUAUGCAAGAGUUGUUGUUGAUUGUGCCACUGCAAACCCUGAUGGUCGUAAGAGAGCCCUUCUCAUUGGAGGUGGCAUUGCUAACUUCACUGAUGUUGCUGCUACUUUCAAUGGAAUUAUUCGAGCAUUGAGAGAGAAGGAAGCCAAGUUAAAAGCAGCAAGAAUGCACGUCUAUGUUCGAAGAGGUGGUCCAAACUAUCAGACUGGUUUGGCAAGGAUGCGUACACUUGGAGAGGAACUGGGAGUACCUCUUGAGGUUUAUGGGCCUGAGGCCACAAUGACUGGCAUAUGCAAGGAGGCAAUAGAUUGCAUUAUGUCAGAAGCAUAGACACGGUAUUCAUUUUUGUGCCGAUACAAUUUGGUAAUCUUCCUUGAAGGAGGCAUAAGCUGGACGGUGCUGUUGUAGACUUUUCCAUUAUUGAAAAAUUUUGAAAGUAGUGUGCAAUAAGCAUGAAACUUUUGGUCUUUCAGCAAUCCUUUUAUGUGUUUGUUGGUACUCUGGUCUUUUUGAGAGAGAAGUGUUUAUAAUGGUUAUGCUUCUUCUCAUCUGUUGGAAGAAUUAUUGGAUCAAAAUGAGAAAUGCAAUUCCAUUAUCUUUAUUUA